AUGGCCGUCCUCGGUCGCGCACACCGUCAACAUCAGGACCGGUUCGACGACAACGACGCCGCCAUCAGUAACCUACUCGCCGAGAAGAACCGCCUGCGCGAAGCCUACAUCGACCGCCCCACUGACGACAACAGAGCUGCUUUCUACCGCAGUCAUCACCUUGUACAACAGCGACUGCGCGAGAUGCAGGACGUCUGGACGGCUCGCAUGGCCGAGGAGAUCCAAGGUUACGCGGGCCAGAACCAAUGGAAGAAAUUCUGCGCGAUAAAAGUUGUCUACGGUUCCCCAACCAAAGGUACUGCACCCCUCCUCGACGCCGACGGCAGUACCCUACUCACCGAGAAGACACAAAGACUACAGCGUCAAGCCGAACACUUCCGAGACGUCCUCAACCGCCCCUUAACCAUCUCUGAUGUCGCCAUCGUCCGUCUGCCGCAAGUGGAGACCAACGUCGACCUCGACCUCCGCCCUCUCCACGAAACCAUCAGGGCCGCGAAGCAGCUCUCCAGUGGAAAGCGCCCGGACCGGACGCAAUCUCUGCUGAGGAUCUACAAGCACGGUGGCCGCCAACUCAUGGAUCAUCUGACGGCGCUCUUCCCGGGGAUGUGGCGUCAAGGAGAGGUCCCGCAGGAUUUCAAAGACGCCACAAUCAUGCAUCUAUAA